GGAUUGGGUAAUAAAGUGCGUUCAAAAGCCAAGACUUUGAAAACUCCGUGAUUAAUGCAGAAUCGUAACAUCUUUAAAUCAGUUCAGCUCAAAUCUUGUACAAGAGUGCGCCAUUGAUACAUAUAUCAUAUAUGUAUAUCAGGCAUAUGAUACAAUACCAACAGGCAACACAUUUGAUUACCAUUUAAUGGAUGUUUGCGAUUCUUGGUUUGUGUUAAAUCCAACCAAACAAUUCGCAAUUAUUACCGAAACUGAAGAGGUGGGAACAAUCCAAGUGUUUUCAUUUAAAGGACUAGGCUCCUCAGCAGUGCUGCAUUUGAAUGGGAAUGCCAUAGAACGAGGUGUAGUUUUGGUCUUUAAACACAUUUCAUGUCAUCUGCCCAUUGUUAUUCAUUUAAGAGGAAGGAAACGAAGAGAAGAAAUGAUGUCCCCGCAGGCACGAGAUACACACAAGACUUCCGGAUUAACAUCGACAUGUGCUGGUUUUCUUCCUUGAAACAAACAACAAGUAGGUUCCAUUGGAAGAUGUAACCAAACACAACAACGCGACUGAAUCCCAUUGUGUCUGUCACCAGAUUUGCUCGCAACAUUUCCCAGGAAACUGUUGCAUAUUUGUUACCGUUUUUCACUCUCAGUUGUAGAUGCCGUUGACACAAAGGCGAUGCUUCGAAGCGCCGGCAAUCUGGGCCAGUUGUCCGAAUCAAAGAUAAGGAGAUGGCUGUUCUUGUCGCUCCGACAGAAUUUCUUAAACUGUUAACAUUUGCCGGGGCGAGGUGUUGCGGGUGAGAUGCCGGAGAGCGGGUGAGCUGGAGCUGGGGAGUAACGGCGGUGUCUGAAGGCAGGAGCCGGCAUCGAACUCUCGAACCUGGGUGCGGUGGGAUCAGACAGCGCCUGCCUCUAGCUCUCGCCUCUCUGAUCAGGUAUGUUGGACAAGGGAUAGCUCGCACAGACCACCGAUGCUGCUCGCGUGGAACAAAAACUCCCCACCUCCAGAAAAAAUGGUGAAAACAAUUCGCAAAACCAAUUUUACAAGGUUUAUGAAUAACAGAGUCCCCGCCCAUCGGAGAUAUGAACCUACGGAGUAUGAACAUGCGGCCAAUUGUGUCACACAUGCAUUGUGGAUCAUCCCCAGUAUACUCGGCAGUUCCAUCCUCUACGGCCUUUCCGAUGAUCAGUGGGAGGCGAUCACAGCAUGGAUCUAUGGGUUGGGACUGAGUGGUCUUUUUAUCGUCUCCACUGUCUUUCACACCAUCUCCUGGAAGAAAAGCCAUUUGCGAACAACGGAGCACUGCUUCCACAUGUUCGACAGAAUGGUGAUCUAUUUCUUCAUCGCCGCCUCAUAUGCCCCCUGGCUGAAUCUACGGGAGCUGGGUCCAUGGGCAUCUCACAUGCGUUGGAUCAUUUGGAUAAUGGCCUGUGUAGGGACACUCUAUGUAUUUCUGUUUCACGAAAGGUACAAAAUCGUGGAAAUGAUCUGCUACAUGGUGAUGGGCAUCUUUCCUGCACUCGUCAUUCUCUCCAUGCCUAACACUGAAGGACUGUUUGAACUGCUGGUGGGUGGUUUCUUCUACUGCCUGGGAAUGUUGUUCUUCAAGAGCGACGGGCGGAUUCCAUUUGCGCACGCAAUCUGGCACCUCUUUGUGGCGAUCGGAGCAGGGAUCCAUUACUACGCCAUCUGGAGGUACCUGUACCGCCCGCAGUCCUGGAGAUGAAGACAUCCCUUGGGGUCAGAUGGUGACCUGUGAUGGACAUUACCUGUGGGACAAACCACGGCAACAAUAACCAGACGUUGCAACAAUCUCUGGGCCAUGCAAUCGAUGAGUGAAGGUCACUGCCAGAUUGUCCAAGACUCUUCGCCUACCUCUUAGCACCAAAGUACCAGUUCCUUGGCCAGUAUUAAGCUCACAAACAUCUCCACAUGUACAAAUAUCAGUGUUAACGUGACUGCACUCGUUAUCAGAGCUGCACCGCAUUGGCUUAUUAUUGGCUGUGUCUUCUGUUAGAUACAGUUACAUCUUAAAUGACAUUUUUCGGUGAAAAGAGUGCAAGUGCAGAUCAUAUAUCCUAGAAGGGUCUGUAUUAUUAUGAAGCUCAUUAUGAGAGGGAUUCGCUUGAAACUUGAAUGGUUGAAAACCCAUGGAAGUAUCUGGUUUAGGUUAAUUAUUGUUGCGUGUAUCGAGGUACAGUGAAAAGUUUUAUUUUGCAUGCUAUCCAGUCAAUAGGUCAGCGCAAUGGUGCAGUCGUAAGAGCUGCUGACUCACAGCGCCAGAAACCCAG